AUGUUAUCGAACGGUGCCCCGAAUGCUGCCAGCGCGGCGGAUAUCAAGAAGCAGAACCACCAAUACCCAACACGCCAUGGCGGUCUCGCUUCGGAUGAGCAGUAUGAUGCGAAUUCAACCUUUGGAAACGGUCAUCGCUCCUUGAGAGGCAGUAAUGGUGCUGCCGCCAUGUCCGGAUACCCUCGAGGGUCGCCAGCCAAGAAGGAUCAGAGACAUGUCGUCUUCCAACUCAUAGAUCCGAAGGACCCUCGUAUCCAGGCCCGUCUCCCUAUGAGGGUCAUGAUACAACCCCACGAUACUACAGAAUCGAUCAUCACCACAGUCAAGAACUUCUACGGGCUGUACGAGUACGGUGUGAGCUUCGAGAACAAGGAUGGCAUUGGCAUCAUUGCAGCCUUUGACAACUUCGAGAAUGACAUGACUGUCUAUGUCAGGACUGUCGCUCCUCCACCCUCUGUCAUCGCUGACCAGAGAGAUUCUGCCUCGCCAAAGAAACUCCUCGGUGCAGCGUUCGAAAUGCGCCCGCCAUCGCACAGCCUCAACCUCUCCCCCUCAAGAACCGCGCAUCGGUCUGCUGGAGCUCGUAGCGUGUCUCCACAGUCCGAGCUUGGUAGACGUAGUGCGUCUGCGGCGCCCAGUGGCAAGCCUCGAACGUCCAGAACGAAGAGCAAAGACAACAGCGUGGCCGGCGAUGGUGAUGGCUACAGCAGCGGUGACAAUGAGAAUGCUUCUGUCACCAGCUCCCGCCGUUCUAAGGCUGAGGAGAUCAAGGCUGAGAUUACCGUCGACAACAUCGUUGAGGGUGGUCGAAGAAAGAGGGCGUUCGAGAGUUCGGAACUCCCAUUGUUUGUCCCACCACAGGUGCCGAUGAGCAACUCCAUCUCAUCGAUCUCGCCUCAACGUCGGGCAGGACCGAAUGCGUCGCCAUACCCAAACACCAACCAGCAGACUUUCUCCUACACGCAGCCAAUGCCCUCCCCCCACAGCUAUGGCACCGCACCUGGCUUCGUGCAGCCACCGUUCCCCAGUAACCCAUACUACAACGGGUUCCAACCGCCGAGCAGACAGCUGCGAGGAGGUCGAGCCAGCGGCGCCAGCUACAGCUCGAACCGCAACUCUGGCGGUGGCAUCCUCCCAACUCCGGAUCCUACCAUCGGAAGUGUCAUAUCCGAUGAGGAUGUCGCUCUGCAACUGAUGCGCCUCGGCGACCCUACCACCUUCUCGCAUGGACGAACGUCGACAUCGACCGUUGACGAUGCCUUGAGCGGCAAGGCUGAAGCAGCUUCGUCGGAUGACGACGAGGAGGACGAGGAAGAGGAGGAUGAAGAUGAUGAGGAUGCGAGUCUGCCACUCAUGGCUCGAUACAACAAGGAGGACGCCGGUCCUCAGAGGAAGAAGCAGCGGACCAUGAAUGAGCUGCCAAGCGACGGCACCAGUGGUGAAGAGUAUGAGGAUCACCGUGAUGGCACCUUUGGUGGCGAGGAUGUGGUUAUGGAGGACGGCCAGCGGAAAAUGGGCAAGUCAAAGAGCAAGCCUCGACAGGGCAGUGGUCUGAACGGCGCUGCAAUCAAGUCUGGCAAGCCCCGCGCUCUCUCCAUCUCCAAGGCGAAGAAGACAUCUAUGGGCUCGUCCAAGGUGCCGAUGUCGCCUGCAUCCCUGCCAUCUCAGUCGCGCAAAGCGUCCAUCGCAUCGACGAUCAACUUCCAGCACCAGCUCGGUGCGGACGAAGAGGACUUGUCGUCCAAGCCUCGUUGCCAGCGUUGCCGCAAGAGCAAGAAAGGCUGCGAUCGUCAGCGGCCAUGUGGUCGCUGCCGUGAUGCUGGCAUUGGCAUCGAAGGUUGCGUCAGCGAGGACGAGGGCAACGGACGCAAGGGACGCUAUGGUCGUCAUAUGGGAGUCACAGUCAAGAAGGCUGAAGAAUAUCAGCCGGACGAGGAGGAGGAAGAGACUCCUCAGCAACAAGCGACAAUGCCUGCCAACGGCUACUUCCUGGCGCCCGCAUUGCCAGAUAAGAACAAGAAGCGCAAGCGGUAG